AUGUCUGAGGACGUGUGCGAUGGCAACCCAUCUGACGCAAAACCGGAAGUAAUGGAAAUGCCCAGCAGUGAGGUGUUGCCACACGAGUCAGUACCACACGGCGUGGAAGCUGAGCUCUUGCAUGAGUCUUCACAUGAUGAAUGUGGACAGGCCACUCGGAGUGCCAGGAAUGGACAGGAAGGAGACAUAUUUAUUAACGAAAACCAUUUGACUGAAAAAAUAAUUGAAAGUCUGCCUUCCAGUGGAGAGGCGACUGAGGACAUGCCCACUGAGUGCAGUGAGACCGUAAGUCUUGAUGCAGAACCUGAAGCUGAAGAAACACUGCACGAACAAAGCAGUCCAGCCACAGACUCCUCAUCUAAAGCAAGUAGAUGGGGAGCUUGGGGUACCUGGGGGAAGUCUCUCCUGUCUUCAGCUUCUGCCACAGUGGGUCAUGGGAUAACAGCAGUAAAGGAGAAGGCGGGAACUACCCUAGGAAUUCAUAAUGCAAGUUCGGCAUCUUCAGAAACAGCAGAGCCUCCUGCAGCUGAAACACCAAUUAUACAAGCAGAGGAUUCCCUAGACCAAAGCUCCUCUGAGAAUAUUCCUUCUUCCCCUUCAUCUGGAUCUCGUGGCAUGUUAUCCGCUAUCACUAAUGCUGUACAGAACACAGGGAAAAGUGUAUUAUCUGGAGGCUUAGAUGCCUUGGAAUUUAUUGGGAAGACAACCAUGAAUGUCCUUGCAGAAAGCGAUCCUGGAUUUAAGAGGACGAAAACACUGAUGGCAAGAACAGUUUCUCUCUCUCAGCUGUUGCGGGAAGCCAAAGAAAAAGAGAAACAGAGGCGGGCCCAGCAAGUUACUGUUGAAAGAACAGCACAUUAUGGACUGCUUUUUGAUGAAUUCCAAGGUUUGUCUCAUCUUGAAGCUCUGGAAAUUCUGUCUAAUGAAAGUGAAGCCCAGAUUCAGUCCUAUUUAGCAACACUUGAUGGAGAACAGUUGGAGACUGUGAAAAAUGAACUAAUUGCUAUAAAAGACAUUUUUGUUCCGAAUGAAUCAGAUGAUGAAGUGGUGCAGACACAGAAAG